AUGCUAUGGCGGAUUGAUAGCUGGCAAAAAUAUGGUCCUAAUGAAUGCAAUAUGUCUUUAAGGAUAGUUUGCGACCAACUACUUAUUACUUCAGAGAAUAAAGUUUUAGAAACUAUCAAUAUGAAUGAAAAAAUAAAAGACGUCACCAGUUUUACUACUGAUUUACCGCCAUGUUUUAAGAACUUCGUUAGACUGUGCCUUCUGGAUCCAUCAUUUCCAAAAUUGGUCCAAGAAACUCAAAACCUUCUCAACAACAAAAUUAAUAAAGAUUCGGAUUUCACGGAGUGA